CUCGACGCAUACCAACUACAUUCCCUAGAAGCUUCUCAAGCGCCAUUGGCGGCAUUAGCCCCUCUUCAGGUCUGUCAUCUUGCGAUCUCCUCCAAACUCGAAGUCACCAUCAACUCCUUCCACCAUGGCACAGUACUAUCCACAACAGCCCUAUGGAGCUCAGUCUUCCGCGCAGAACCUCCAAUUUUACCCAUCUAGCUAUUCCUCCGUAUCAGGGCACACGACUCCUUCUCAAGCAUCAUAUGGCGGAUUUGGUGCACCACCAAAUACAACGGCACAAGGGUACCCCGUUGGAGGGGCUGGAUACGGCGGUUUCGGGUCCCCUAGUGGUGGUGUGAGCGGGAGGAUGGGCGAACAGGGCGGCUUGCGGACCGGGUGGCUUGCUGCAUUUGGAACUGAGGGCUAUGACGGCGAACCGCCGCUGUUGGAGGAGCUCGGGGUGAAUUUUGAGCAUAUCCGGACCAAAACGUUAACGGUCCUCAAUCCCUUCGCGCGCAUAGACCAGCACCUCAUGGACGAUAGUGACCUCUACGGCGCACUCCUCUACAUCGUUUUAUACGGCACCUUCCUACUUUUAUCGGGCAAGGUAUUCUACGGCUAUAUCUACGGCGUCGCCGUCUUCGGUACUGUCGCUCUCCAUCUAAUUCUCAGCCUUAUGUCCCCUGUCGACCCAACCUCCCCAACUCAGCCGCCCAACGCCGCAGAUCCAUCUGGCAAUUACGACCCGCACGCCAAACCAGGCUCGUCGGGCCACUUCUCCGCAACGCUCACGUUUCCGCGCUCCGCAAGCGUCCUGGGCUACUGCUUUUUACCACUUGUGCUGACAAGUCUCUUGGGUAUACUUGUGCCUAUGGACACAAUGUUUGGGUACCUCCUUACAACGGCGGCAGUGGGGUGGUGUACGUAUUCCGCGUCUGGGAUGUUCUGUGCUGUGGCGCGUAUGAGUGGUAUGAGGGGUCUUGUGGCUUAUCCCUUGGCACUGUUUUAUGUUGUUUUUGGCAUCAUGGGGCUUUUCUCUUCAACUGGGAGUGGAACUCUUGCAGCGAAACCCGAGGCGGCUUAGCUUUCAUCUAGUUUGUUCCAUCUUCUUAUCUCAGGAUGACGCUUAACGAAAAACAAAGGUUCUGAAUUCGCUUUCUUUAGAGAGCGA